AUAAUCCUAAAAAUAAAUCUUAUUACUUAUAUAUCGAAUUUAUUCAAGAUAAAAGAAAACAUGUAAUCGAGAAAUAUCAUAAGAAAAAAGAAAAUCUUGAGAAAUUAUUAGAGGAAUAUAAAUCAGAUUUUAAAAAGUACAAUGAUAGAAUUGAUGAUAAUAAGAAAAAAAAGAAAGAGAUUGAAAAGAUGUUAUUGAUUGAAAAUAAUAGUUUUAUUGUGGAUUACGAUAUUUUAGAAAGGUUAAAAGAUAUAGAUAAAAGGAAAAAACAAUUAGAAUACAUCUUUACUAAAGAAUUAUCAAAAGAAAAUCAAGAUUAUAUUGAUACAUAUGUAUCAAAAAGAGAAUGUUUUUAUGAUAAUCAGAUUAAAAUUAGAGAAAUAAUUUGGGAUAAAGAGGAAAAUAUGUUUAAUUAUUCUUCGAUGAUAAAGUUAAUUGAUGUUUAUCAUAUUUAUCGAUAUUUGUUUCGAGAUGUGCACGCUACUAGAAUCUUUAUGAAUUUAUUAUUUGAUAAUAAUGAAAAAAUAUAUAUUUAUUUAAAUGGUAAUGUUCCUGAACUUAGACAAUUUACUUUGUUUAUUAAGAAUUUAAUUACUAAAAAAGAUGGAGGAAGUAUAGUUUGUGAUUUAAAUUCUGAUAUGUUUAUACAAUAUUAUUUCGAUAAUGAUUUUUCAAUAUUUCCCUUGAAUUGUACUCGGGAAAAUUGUAAAAAUGAUAAUAAUGAUGGUAAUAUAACGGUUUAUUGUGGUAGUUUAUGGGAUUUAUUGACUGCAUACAAACAUGAUAUUUAUGAAAAAUCAGAUAUUCCAUGUAGUUGGAAUAAUCAUGUUCCAUAUGCAAUAUUCGAAUUUAGAGAAAAAUAUUAUCGUGAAUCUUCUGAUUAUAAUCGAUAUUGUGAAUAUUACGAGAAAAUAUAUUAUGUCAAAUUAUUUUUUUACAAGAUACAUGAUGAUUAUACAUAUUAUUAUUGUGUUGAAAGAAAAAGAUUAAAUGUAUUUUCUUUAGAGAGUGUUUUGGAAAUAAUGGACAAUUCUAUUUUGGAUACGGAUAAAAUAGUAAAGAUUUUAGGUAUUUCCAAUAAUUUAGAAAAUAUGAUUGACAGAUGUAUCCAAGGAAAUAUGGAUCAUAAUAUAGGAAUUUUAUAUAUUCUUUAUUCUAAAUUAGAAUAUUAUCUUCCCGUUAUUUGGACUGAUGGUAGUUUUUUUGAUCGUAGAAUAAAAAGAUCUGGCAUUGGAGUAUUUUUCGGUGAUAACGAUCCAAGAAAUUUAUCAGAACGGUUACAUAAAGAUCAUAAUGAUGCUAAUCGAGCUGAGAUAUGUGCAGUUAUCCGAGCUCUUGAGAUAUGUGAAAACAUAAAGAAUUUAGAAAUUAUUACGGAUAGCGGAUGUGUUAUGGGUAUUGUGAGUGGACGUGAUAAAAAAUGUAAAAAACAUAUCGAAUUAAAAAGAAGGUUGAAAUUUUUGAUUAAUAAUCAAAAAGGAGUUAUAAAAUUUACCGAGGUUAAAAGAUUUAGUGUUUAUGAUAAUAAACAAGCAGAUCAUUUAGCCAAGAAUGGAGCAUAUAAAAAUUUUGAAGGAUGA